AUGAAUGGAAUGUCUAUUGAAAUGAUUCGAUCACAUCGAUACGAAAAAAAUAAUAAACAUGAGAAAAGAACAUCGAUUGCUGAUUCAACUCAAUCAACAUUAACAACUUUCGUAACAAUAAAAAAGCAACAAAAUCCUGAACCGAUUACAACAUCAAAUCUCUUACAAUCUGAUCAAUCAACGAUAACUCUUGAUCAAUGGAAUCUUUUAUCAAAUUUAGUUCAUUGUUUCGAUGAAAAUAGUGGAUAUACACUUGUCGAAAGUUUUAUAGAAGAACAAAAUCGAUUACCUCUCAAGUUACGAUUCAAAUAUUCAUUAGUUUAUGAUUUUUUUACAUCAAUGAUGGGUAAUGUUCAAAUUGCUUUCGAGAAAAAUCGUGAUUUUCUUUCAUUAUCUCGUCAUGAUCGUAUAACAUUACUUCGAACUACAGUAGAAUAUACAUCGACUAUUGGUAGUAUAUUCACAUUACGUCAAUACAAAUUAUUUAACUAUCCAUCUUUUUAUGAAUCUGCUGAAAUAAUAUUUCAACCAUCUGCAACAGUCUUCAUCAAACGUGUUAUUGAUCAACUUGAUCCAGAUAAUACAUUUAUUAAAUUAAUAUUAGCAAUAGUUGCUUUCUCA